UUCAUCUCCAAAAAAAUUCUCUCUGAUAGCGAUUGCAAUGGCGAUUAUGGUUUCGUUUUGAAUGAUUCUUGACGGCGGUUCACGGGAUGUGUCUCGGUGGCUUCUACGCGGGUUUUUGGAUCGUAUCGAUGGAGAUUUACGAUCUCUAUGGCCUUUAAUGGUGGUGAAUCAGGAUCCGGUAACAGGGGAUUGGGGAGAGAGGGAUCUCUUUCUCCGGAAUCUGCGAUUGGGUUUUAGGCAAAUUUCAUUGUUUGUGAGGAUUACGAUAUGCUUAGAUUUGGCUCUGGCUUUUUGGGGAUUCGAUUGGGGUUUGAAAGGGUGGUUCGGAUGUGAAUUUGGAAAGAGGGAGAUUCGGAUUUGGAUUCUCUUAGUGGGUCAGCAAGUUGGGAUUUGGAAGGUGAGGGAUCUCGAUCUUCUGAUUCCGCAAUCGGCCGCUUGGUUGUCAUCACCGAUUGUGAAAGAUAUGAUUUCGUUGGAUUUGAUUCUGGUCUUGUGGGGGUUUGCUUAUCGUUUUAUUGGGCGAUUCAAGUGUGACAAAGAAACUAGAAAGAGGAAGAUUUGGUUUCCACUUGUUUCGGGUUGUUAUGGCUCAAAUGAAUCUCAACAAAGGCAAGGCGGAUUUGGUCAGAACAGAGACGGUGAAAAUCUCAAACUCUCUGAUGGCUCAACGUAUUCAGCAGUUCUCUCUCACUCUCAUUGGGAGAUUGAUGAACCCGAUGGUCCAGCGUAUGGAAUCUCUGUUGGCUAACUUGCCAAAGAUCUGGAAGCUUGAAGAGAGGGUUGAAGGUGCUGAUUUGGGACAGGACACUUUUCAGUUUAACUUUCAAACCGAGGAAGAUCUUCAAGGGGUGCUAAGGAACGGUCCUUACCAUUUCGAUAACUGGAUGUUAUCAUUGGUUCGGUGGGAACCCAUCAUCUCCGAUACUUACCCUUCUGCUAUUAACUUUUGGGUGAAAGUUUCAGGGAUCCCAAUGCACUUUUGGGAGGCUGCAACACUCCAGGCUAUUGGUAAGAAAGUAGGAAUUCUCCAUGAUGUAGAUGAGGAAUCUGGUAGCUUGUUUGUCACUAUAAAUGGGUUUAAUCCACUCAUUUUUCACCUGGUGGUUCCGUUUAAUACUGGUGAUGAGGUGGUGGCCUCAUUAGAGUAUGAGAAGCUCCUUGGUUUUUGCAGUCACUGUUUCAGGCUGACACAUGAUGUGAAGUUCUGUCCAGAGCUAAGCAAGAAUGAGGGGGGUCGUGGUCCAUGGAAUAAGCCAUUGGUAAAACUGAUUGUUCAACACUUUGAAGGGGCCUGGGAAAAGCCAAGGAAGUUUGCUAAGUGCUCAUUGGAUUUUAAUUCAGAGGUAACCAGAGAUAGGAAUUAUCAGCAGCAGCGUAUUGGUGAGAGUUCAAAGAGUGGUUUCAGAUAUCAGGCAAAGAAUCAGGGAGAUAUGGGUCAGCAAAGGGUUUCUGGGAGAUAUACGGAGGGCAGAGAGGGUCCGGGUAAUGUUAUGGUCCAACAAGCACGAUCGCAUCCUCCUAGGAAGGGGAAUGGACCGGCCUGGCCUAAGCCUUUGUAUCAGGCGAAGCAGAAUAAUGUUUUGCAGGUUGGGGGUGUCCUUGAGCCUGAAGUCCCUUUGGCUGUUGAUAUGGUGGACCGAGAGAAGGAUGCAAUGAUGGAGGAUGCUAUUGGGGCUAGUGGAGGAGACAAUGAGGCUGGUUUCUCCGUGAGUUCUGAUGAUCUCCUUGAGGAUGGGGAAUACCAGGAGGAUGAGGGUCAGGCUGACGAUACUGCUGCGGAUGAUGAGGAUGCUCAGGCGGAUACAGAGAAGGGUGUGUCAGAGACCGAUGAUGACACUCCACAAGGUGAUGCUGCAAAGAGUAAAGGGAUUGCCAGGCCAAGCCAGAAGAAGUCAGAGGGUGGCAAUAUGGGAGGAGGAACCCGCAAAAUGAAGAAAGGGAUGGUGGCUCUCCGAAACCGCCGGCUCAAACGUGAAGAUCAUGAGUUGGAACUGUCAGGGCAUUGGUGCGGAUCUGACAGAGAACUAUUUAAAGGAUUUGUGGAAGCAGAAUAAACCAGAUGUCUUAUUUUUAUCAGAAACAAAAAAAUGUUUUUCCUAUUUAUAAAAGUUUCAGAAUAAUUUUCGUUA